UACAUAAUGUAGGACUGUGUAUUGCAUUGUGGGAUAUUCAGAAAAUGGAAGAAAGUUUUAUAUUUCCAGGAGAUGGUGCUCAUCAUACCAUAGUUCAGUUCCGAUAUGUUGUGUUCCGUCCAUUUGUAGACGAGAUUUUGCUGGGCAAGAUAAAGUCAUGUAGCAAAGAAGGAGUCUGUGUAUCUAUGGGAUUUUUUGAUGACAUACUGAUCCCAGCUGAUUCCAUGCAAGAUCCUACAAGAUUUGAUGAGAAUGAACAGCUAUGGGCGUGGGAGUAUCAGAUGGAGGAUGGUAAACAUGACCUAUUUAUGGACAUUGGAGAAGAAAUCAGAUUUCGUGUAGUAGAUAACACUUUUGUUGACACAACUCCAGUAGGCCCAGAGAAUGUCAGUAAAGAUUCUGAUGUAACAGAACAUGAAGUGAAAAAAUCACCAUACACAAUCACAGCAUCUACAAGUGAACCAGGUUUGGGUCUUUUAUCAUGGUGGAACUCUUGACAACACAACAACUCAUUUAUUGUUACCAUUUUGUGUUCAUAAAUUGACAUUUUAACACUAUGAUAAACUAUG